GUGCAACUCGUGGAAUAUAUAUUUGCACUUAACACGCAGCACAGCGAAACGAAAGUCGAAACUCGUCUCCAAAAGCCCCUGGCCUAUAAAUGUGGACAAACUAGUGCGCCAACAUCCGCGUUUGUCCUGUCCAAUGUUCGUCCUCCGCUUCGCUCUGACAACCAGAACCUGUAGACCCUCUUUCUGCAGCAGCGAAGGCCUAUAUCUAUGUGUGUGUGUGUAGAUUUAUGUAGUCCAGGCUGUAUGUGCGUGUGUGUGUGUGCACUCAGUAGUAGAGGAACAGGUAGAGAGGGAUAAUAGACAGUAGUGGAGUUUUUACCUUUCUUCUGUGGUUAGUGCCUUGAGUUCCUGCUCUGCCCUAUCUUGAUCGUUUGAGCGAGCCAGCAUUCCAAGAGAUUUUCCCUGAGACGAUUGAGAUCGUGGACAUCAGUGACCUAGAGAUUUUUUCUGGGACCAUCGAGACUGUGGACAUCAGUGACCCAAAGACUAUCGCUGUCUUUGAAAACUUUGGAUUGUUCGUUAACCUGGUAUUUUAAAUCGGGUGCCGCUGUUCAAAGUGCGAGGACAGACGACAGACGGAACUUGCAGACAGCUCAGGUGGGUCGAGUAAUUGCGUGCAGAAACUGUACAGUAGUUCCUGACGGACCAAUCUACAGGUCUCUUUCAAAACAUGUCUGCCUUCAACUUCCGCACGUCGAGUGCGCAAUUGUUCACGGGUCGCAAUCAAUCGUCGAGCAGCGGAGAAACAGUGGAGACUCACUUAGACUCAGACGAGGAGGAGUCUGUGAGGUCUGAUGUAUACCAAGGAAACUCGGGCUAUCCCUUCCCUCCGCCCGCCGCCUACCCGCUCAUACCAGCAGAGGCGCCCAGGGCCCUGGCGACAACCCCGAACUUCUUCCUACCUAACGGCUUCGGCCCCCGGGAUAACGACGGUGCAAGAAGAGACAAGAGACAAUCUGGCAUCCGCCCUCAUCUGGAACCAGCGCCCCCUAUCCCCUUUUCGGAACCGCCUCGGAGAAGCACCCGUCCGUCUGUCUCAUCUACGCAGGAAUCUGCCGCUGUCCGGAAGGGGAGGAAUGAGGGGGGUUACCAGGAGUCACAUACGGUGGCCGCCGAGGUCCGCGACCUGUACGGGAGGCUGAAGAAGCACGUGUCCCGAAGUCGCUGUCCAAAGGGCGCGGGGCAGUUCACCCUCUCCGCCUUCUCUCUGUUCCUCAGCCUUCUGGCCAUUUCUCUGGUUGUGAUGUUACUAAUUGGAGUCCUGUCCAUAGAAAUGCCCAACUCGCGCAGUUAUUGCGUCCCAGGUGAGGAUCUGUUCAAUAUGGAAGACAACCUAGCGCUCUCUGUUGGAAUGACCCUGGUCAAGCAGGAAGGAAAACUGAUGUAUUGCGCGGAUAACGAUGAGCAGAUGACAGCUUUACUGCUAGCAGUCCUCAGGAAAAAGCAGAUGCCCUUACCAGCUUCAUCGCAGGCGCAAACACAGGCGGAGACAGAAGUAGAGAGCCCACGACCUGAGCCAGUGGCGUUUGCUCACGUACUACUCG